CUUUAGCACUGGUUUUGGACCACAUCCACAUCACAUCCACAAAAUAAGUCCAAUAAGUCUCCCUGCUUUCUUUUUCCUUUGCUCAAGGACUAUACAGAGUCCUCCCAUUUGCAGUGUCUUGAUUCUGCCACUAAGACACACCUUCAAACAGUCACUAGCGAAUGGCUGUCUCUCACAUUGGGUGUCUCCACCACUUACCCAUCUUCCUGUGGCAGUCCAGUCCCACCUACCCCUCCUCCAUUACCCAGCAAUCUACACUACACUGGCCCCCAGUCCCCUGCUCCACUUGUGCAAAUGUUCACCCCACCAAAAAACCUUUCCUCAAAAUGCUCCCCUUUUUCUAGCCAAGGACCAAUCACUUCAGAGUCCUCAAAUAUUUUGCUUCAUUUCCAUGAACAUCUCAACAGAGAUAAACUGACAGCAAUAGAUGUACCAGAAACAUUCGGUUUACCAGUGAAACGGAUUACAGACCAUAAUCAAGCUCUGUUAAGAAUGGAACGAAAGGGGCAUGAUGGUAAAAAGUUCUUAGAAGAUAUGUAUUUAAAGGAGCAAAGCUUGAAAAAAAACUAUGACCCAUCCAAGCUAAUAAACAAACCUGAUCCAUAUGAUGAACUUAUGUCAAUGUUUCUGAAAAAUCAACUCUAUAAUGAACUUGAAUUACGAUUGGCCAGUCGAUCAAAAAACAAUCGAGAAGUAUUAGCUGAUAAGUCAAUGUCCUUCAGUGCAAGCCACAAAUCAGAAAAUAUACUGGAUAAACAUCAUGAUAUCUAUGAGAAAAAGGCUGAGGAGCUGCUGUCAGUCAUUUUGAAUGAGAAAACAGAGAUUUACAGUCCUGUAGCUGCUAUAAAAUGGGAGGAACUUCCUGAGUUGUACAUAAAGGAAGAGGAGGAUGAAACAAACAACAGAUCAGGCUUGGAGAGUGUUUCAAAAAAAGAGGCUGACUCCUCCUCCAUCACUCCAUCUCUGCCAUUCUCCACCUCCCCCAUGCCUAAUUCCUCCCUUACUCUCUCUUCCACUAGUUUUUCUCCACCACACAUUGAAUCAUCUGCCUCUGCUGUUCACUAUUCUCCACCAUCUUUUUCCAAAGCUUCUUCAUGUACUCCUCCUCUUUCUCUUCCUCUUGCUUCAUCUCUUCCUUUGGUGCCCUAUUCCUCCUCUGUCCUCCAAACCUCAGUUGUUUCUUCUCCCUCAGACUCUCCUCUCCCUCCAUUAUCUCUCUCCACUCCUCCUCCUUCACCUCCUCUGUCUCCUCCAAACUCCCCAAUCCCUCUUCCUCCUCCUCCUUCAUCGACUCUCAGUAUUCCUACUCCUUUGCUUUCUUCUUUCCCUUCUAACAAUCAAUCAUCUCCUUCUCCACCUCCCUCAUUUCCGCAACCCCUUCCUCCAUCUGUCCUCUCUCAGCUUUCCUCUCCUACUUCCACUCAUAUUCUCUCAAAUAUCCCUUCCUCCCACUCUUCUUCUCCUCAUCUCUCCCCAAUCCCCCCAUCUCCUCCUUCAUCUCCUAUUCCUUCUUUGCAUCCUCCUCUUUAUUCCUCCUGCCAGCCUCUUCUACCAACUAUUCCAGCCUCUCCACCCUCCACUCCCUCUCCUCCUCCAUCUUCUUCAGACCAAAUCCCAUCUCCUCCCAGGUCUCCUUCACUCCUCACCUCUCCUCCUCCCUCCUCUGUGCCUGUAGUCUCCACUCAGCCCUCUAUUCCUCCUCUCUCACCACGUUCACAGCCUCGUUCUCCUAAGAUUAAGGUAAAAAGAAUGAACAAAACAAUGUAUUCAGGGCUGCUGUGUGGUGCAUGUGAUACAACCUGUAAUGUUUUCAACAUUAAACAACCCUUAAAUGUAAGAUCAUAUCUGGAUAUGAACCUUGAACCCUCACGAAAAAAAAUAAAUAAAAAGCCUUGUGUUGCAGUAGAAGUAUUAAUUUGACACAAUGAUAAGGGUUAUAAGUAAGGUCUUAAAGGUCUAGUUGACCCCAAAAUGAAAAUUUUGUUUUUAUUUAUUUAUCUUCAUAUUGUUCCAAACCACCAAUAGAAAUACCAAGCUGCCACGCUGUUCCUGAUGAGCAAAGCCAAGCUGCAACAUAUGAACCACUUUUAUGGUGCCAUUAUGGUGUUUUCUAUUGCCAUGCAAAAUAUAUCAAUACAAUAUCGAUUAUGAAUUGGUUUAUUUAUCCUUAUUGACUGAAAUUUGAUAUUUUAUUGUGCAUACUGAAUUAAGGGCUGCCCCCUAAUAGUUGAGUCGACUAAUCGUUAAUCGACCAGAAGAGGCUUGGUUGACCAAAAUUUUAUUAGUAGCUAAGUCGCAGAAAAAAAUAAAUAAAUUCACAUUAGCGAAGUCACACAGUUUGUGACAGAUCGUUAACAGUAGUCUAUGGUGAUACAGUACAUCAGGCAGGACAUCCAAAUGCUCGCCUAUCAUUCAUCGACCUCAAAUAUGGCUUAUCAUCUGAAAUAUGUAUUAGCAACUUUACAUGGCUGCUCACUAAUGUUAACCUAGAGAAAUGUGCACUACUGAAGUGUCUGUGCGGAGUGUGGAAGAUAAACAGUAGUGCUCACUGCAGGACAGAUGGAGGCGCUGGUGCAUCUUGCUCUUAAAAUAGUCCCUCAUUUUUGGUCAUACAGAUAACAGUAAUAAAUCUUUCAAAUCUGUAAAGACUCUACAUUAAUUUUUGUGCACUCACAAUAACAAAAAAAUGCACUUUUGUAAAAUAAUGAAAGCAAACAGGAUGCACUUUCUGCCGUCUCGGUCUCUGUGAACUUGAGCACAAAACUCUGUGUAUAUAUGAAGUAUAUCUAUAGAGAGUGAAAUGCCUACUUUCAAAUGAACCAAUUCAAAUGGAAAAUGUGUUGCCGACUUCAUCUCUUAAGUCGAACACAAAGAAAGCAUCAAAUUAUUAAAAUGUUAAUGCAGUCUACUUACUGUUUUUACCCCGACACAUUCAUAAUCAUUCCUUCUGCGGUGAACUGUGGCAUGCUUGAUGCAUGUGCUUGAGCUCUUAUUAGGCUAUGUAGGCAAUUAAAGGCUCAUUAUAAUGAUUUAAAUGGUUUAUUAAUAAACAUGCAAUUAGCCGUCUAAUGCUUCAAAUGAACGACUGCUAAUCGACCAGAAACAUCCUUCGUCAAGGGCAGCCCAAGAAUUUAGCUAAAUAAUUUUGAUGGCUAAAUUCAUUUGCAGCUUUUAAAAUUAUUGUUUUAGUUAUUAGUGUUUAUUUUUGAUUAACUGAUACAAAACAGUAUAUAAUUUUAAGAUUAGCAACUUCUUGGUAAUCAGUCAUAAUCAGACUUUUUUACUAAGUGACUGAUUUUUCGGUAUCAGACAGGAUUUUAAUAUCUGUGCAUUCUUGCCUUUCUGUCCUUAUAAGAUCUUAACAGCUAGUGGUUACUAUGGCUUUUUAUUGCAAGAUAUAUGACAGUUUUUAUAUUCCUCAUUCCAUUAUUUUAAAUAUGGCAUGUAUUAAUAGUGUGAGUGAGAAGUCUGCUUUUUUAUAUGUAUAACUAUGUCUAUCACUUGCCCAAAUUUGGACUGAAGUUAUCAUGAUCCUAUUAAUUCAAGACUCUGGAAUGACUAAACUAAAAUAGAAUUAACAUUGGUAUUGAGAUUAAGUCUGAGAAUGAGGUUGUAAAUAACACUGAGAUGGAUUUUGUAUGGGCCUGCUGAUCUCUGAUUGGUUGCCUUGAAUUUGAUUCUUGCAGACAGUUUAUAGGCAGGAAGUGGUGGUUGAGGGUAAACCACCACGUAGCCCCAUUUCCACCAGGAGGCGCUGUUUAUCUCCCUGUUUAUCACCCAGUAGAGCAAGAAGGGUAGGAUGGAGUGUGCUGUGAUACUAGCAGCAGUGCAGACUGGGAAAUGAAGUCCUUUCUAAUCCCUUUUAUUUUAUUCUCUGGUCGCUUCAUGGGUGGAUUUCCUCUUUGUGUGUAUUGUAACACAACAGGUCUUCUCUAAACUAUGUGAUGACGAUGAAGUCUCACAGAAUGACAUCCUGUGCCUGGAUUUGGCAUGAUAUUCUGACACCUUAAAGCUUUAUAUGCACACCAUACUGACACUUUCCUCUCUCUUUC